AGCCAGUCUGCGUUAAGUUCAACUCGGUUUCGGUCGCGAUUCGGUGGUUUCUUUUUUGUUUGACGUUAUUUUUCGCGUUUAUUGUGUUGAAUUUGGACGUUGAAUUGCUUAAAAGUGGUUUUGAGUGUAUUUAAACUUUGAUUGAAUUGUUAUAAAAGCGGGAAUUUAAUAUCGAGGUAACGAUCUCGUAAGUGUCACUUAAGGUGCAAGUGUCUCUUUGCCUUUCUCCAUAAGUCAAAAGGUUUAAAGGUAAAUUUCAGUUUUGAAGAAUUUCAAAUUGAAGAGUUGACUUUUAUCAAAAGAAAACUGCUGAAAAGUGUUCCAAAGUGAAAGGUCGAUCCAGUACAAGCGAAAAGCAAGCAAAGAAAACAUGCAAUAAAGAGAAGAAACAAGUUGAAAGAAGUCAAGAAAAAGGGUUAAAACCAGUGUAUGUUUGUUUAUCAUUGGAUUGCGUGCAUCGCGCGUUCAAAGAAUAAAAGGGGAGAAGAGAACAGGUGCGAUUUCUGGCCGGUUUCAGUGUUUGGUUUUCAACGAAGAGAAGCACUUUCAAAUCUUCGGCAAAUGAUUUUUGAAGUGCGAGGUUGGAGCACCAUCAGUGCGAGUGUAAAGAAGUAGCGGUUAAUUGUCCGAAGGAGAGGCGUGUGUAAGCUGGAGGAAUGUUCUGACAAAAGCCCAACAGCAAUCAAUUGAAUUCGCACAAUCAACUUGUACACAACAUCGACGUGAAAACCAGCAAAACUCCAGCUCCGCAGCUGGGUUGGAGGUAGUUGGCCAUGCACGUGCUGCAUUGCACGUAAAGGUGUGCCGGUACCUCACAGCAGCCUACUGUGCGCCCAGGUGAUUGUUUUGCGAGCUUGGUGCCAACUUGGUGGUGAAGUAAUAAGAGCGCUUAAAAAGGUGUUUGUGAAUAUAAAAAAUGGAGUAUUAAAAGUGCACUCGGGAGAGAGAGAAAAAAAAUUGCAUGUAAUUUUCCGUGUAUCGUUGCGUGUAACGCAAAGUGUAGUGCACGCGUUACAACCAGGUGUAAUUUUCCAAUUUGGUUGUUGUUGCGUGUAGAGAAGAAAACAAAACUUGCGAAAGUGAAAAAAAGGAAGAGCAAGAAGCAGCAGCGAUUUGUAUCGUUUUGUUGUGUUUGCAACAUACAACACAAUACAGAAAGAGAGUGAAAAAAGGCGUGUAACAGCGACCACGUGGAACGCGAAGAGACCCCCGCGGAGAUUGACCCGGAGUUUGCACACAGGGGCAAACUUGUUUGCCUGUGGCCAAAUCCAAGUCGGCGGCGAAAAGACAUCGCGUUGCCAUAGCAAAAACUGGUUUGCUGCGAGAGGUGUGUGCUUUUUUGCAACCAAGGUGGAAACAAUAUUAAGAUUGAUUUGAACUGUGCGCCGGUUUGACCGAUCGGGGAUCAAUUGGCGCUUUGGCGCGAAAAAUCGGCCCCACCAGCAGCAAUUAAGAUGCGACCAGCGAUCAUGCCGGAGUGGCCGUCCCCUCGGACUCGGUCUCGGUCCCCGUCAACUGCCACGGUUAUCUAUCGCUAAGCCGCCGACGACGACGACUUUCAAACUGGUGGAAGUGCUAAGGCAAUUAGUGUGCAACGCCGUCGCUGUCAGUGCGAUUCCGAGCGUGACUUCCGAAAACGCAUACACACAGGUGAAGAUCACGACCAAGAGUACGACUUCGACACGAAGCGCCUCUGACCAAGUCCGAAGAUCUCGGCUCUCCAAAGAUAAUAAAAGACAGAACCACCCCUCUCAAGUGAGAGUAGUGGACUCGGCAUCGCGCUCGCGCCACAGAUAUUGAACACGACCUGCGCCACAGCCGAACUAGACCGACCAUCAUCAACCGUCAUCGACACAUCUACACCGCAACGCAACGGCUUCCAGCAGCGGAUCUUGUCCGGCACCACCACCACCAACUACGGCGGCGUCGGAGGCAAUUAGCAGUUCCGCGGCGGCCCCCGAUCGUCAUCAUCAUCAUCACCAUCAUCGGAGGAAGAGCAACUCGGCAACCAUCAUUGGUCGAAAGUCGAGCCUCGAUAUCAGCAAAAUGGAGCAUGCCGAUUUAGUUUCCGAGAUGGCUCAGGUCGAGCAUCUGUCCACGCAGGACCGGCUGCAUCUCGCGCGGAUGCGCCGUGCCCAGCAGCUGAAGGUGGCCAAACAGCGCGAAAAGGAAUGGCUCAAGGCGCAGCGGAGCAAGGACCGGCUGGGGAACGCGCACAUGUCCACCUACAAGCGCCACAUCACCUUCGAGGACAGCGUGGUGCUGCUGGAGGCUGCCGCGCGGAACGACAUUGCCGAGGUGGCCAAACUGCUCCAGAAGGGCGUCACGCCGGACGCGACCAACAUGGACGGCCUAACGGCGCUGCACCAGUGCUGCAUCGACGACAACGCCGAAAUGCUGAACCUGCUGCUCGACUACGGCGCCAACGUCAACGCCCAGGACAGCGAACGGUGGACCCCGCUCCACGCGGCCGCCACCUGCGGCCACCUCAACCUGGUCAAGAUCCUGAUCGGGCGCGGGGCGAAUCUCCUCUCGGUGAACGCCGACGGCAACAUGCCGUACGACAUCUGCGACGACGAGGAAGCCCUGGACUACAUCGAGGCCGAGAUGAGCAAACGGGGCGUCACGCAGGAACUGAUUGACGAAACGCGGGCCGCCACCGAAACCAAAAUGCUCGUAGACCUGCAGGAGACGGCCGCCCGGCAGGACGGGGACCUGGAAGUACCUGACAGCGCGGGGGCGACGCCGCUUCACAUAGCGUCCGCCAACGGCUACACGCGAGUGGUAGAGUUCCUAUUAGAGCAGCACGUGGCGACGGACGCCGUCGAUCACGACCUCUGGACGCCGGUGCAUGCGGCGGCCUGCUGGGGUCACCUGGAAGUACUGGAGAUGCUGGCGCAAGCCGGUGCCGAUUUGAAUGCCAAAAAUAAGAACGAUGAAACGCCUUCCGAUAUUUGCGAGGACCCGGAGAUUCGAGAACGGAUAGAGCAGCUCAAGACGGAGCAGGAGAGUAAACGACUGGCCGAGGCCCAACGCAAGCGGGUCCGGCGAUCCCAGAGCAAUAACACCAGUGUUCGCUCCCAUCCCUGCAGGGCACAAUCCGUGCGGCGGACGUCGCUCCGGGACAAGGGUCUCACCACCAAGAAGGACGCCGUCGAGGAAGCCCGGUUUCGAUUACAAGCGCAAGAGGGCUACACAACACCGGAUGGCGUCACGACGACGACGACGACAACGACGGCUACCGCUGGAAGUAACGGCAGUAACGCCUCUGCCGUCGCCGCAGCCACUAACGGUGAUAACCCUAACUCCAAGCGACCGCCACGUAGUUCUAACCUCAGUUCCACUGAUUGCUCCCCCUCUAUCCCACCCUCUAAACCCACAGCCGUCAAUAACAGCAAGAACACCAAUGGUCACCUGAACUCUGUAAAUAACAAUAGCAUCACCAGUAACAACAACAACAACAAUAACAGCACGAGUGUAACGCUGAAUAACGGACUGAACAAUACUCGUUACAACCACAACAACAACCUCCUCAACAACAACAACAACAACAGCAAUAGCAAAGACCACAACAACGGCGGCUACCACGGCGGAACGGCCAACACUUCCGGCACGUCGUCGGCCUACUCGUCGCAGCCACCGUCGCUGAACCAGUACGAUCGCCGGUCGCCGGAAGGCAAGGACAACGACUCGUUCCUGAGCGAAACGACGCCCGCGGUGGCGGCCGGAAAAAUCCUCAACGGUAACCAUAACAACAACCAAAACAACAACACCAAUGCCAACAACAGCAAGAUACUAGCCUUAUCACCUUCCGCCUCCUCCUCCGUUUCGUCCUCAACAGCCGCAGCAGUCAAUGGUAAUCUAGUCAGUAGCAAUAGUAGUAGCAACAACAACAACACCAACAACAACAUUCCAAAUGCGACGGCCACGGCCACCGCCACCGAGGUGUACUCGACCUCGAACAACGAGAACGGCAAGAUCAACGUCCAGGUGACGGUUCUAGUGGAUCCAUCUGUCGCAGGAACGCUGGCGGACCUGAAGAAGCACCGCUCGCAGAACCGGUCCAGCGUCAGUCCGGAGAACGGUUCGCUGCUGAGCGCCCAAGGUCUGACGACCAACGGCAACGGCCAGCCGCUAGAGCUGUCGCUGGUGUCAACGGGGACCAGCGACCACUACUUGGCUCACGGUAACGGCGAAAAGUCGGCCAUUUCGACGCUGAGCAGCGCCACCGGAAAUGGCGUGCUGGCGGCGGAUGGCGGAACCGCUGUCCACACCCCGAGCGGGACGCUCAACAAGUUUAGCGGAAACACGAGCGACGUCGUCAGUGACAGCACGCGGUCACGGCGGUGCUGCGUGCUGAUGUAAGUAAUCCAAGAUGGCGGCGGCAGCGCAGCUGUCAAACUAGGAUUAGGCGGCACCACACUGUAAGUUGUGAUUUGUAGGUUAGAAUUUUCUUUCGUUUAUUUUUUGGUUUUGUCGCCUUUUUUCGACCAUGGCGCGCAAUUGUGUGUAAAAAUUGAUGCGAAACUUAACCUAGGUUUUUUUCCGUCACCGUUUUGACGGUAAGGCCUGGCGCGAAAACCAAAACGAGAUAUGUGUGCAUGUAUAUGAUUUCCCCUUAGUAUUAUUUGUAUAUUUUCAAAAUUAAGUAGAAACUCGAGAGCAAGAGGCACCCUCAAGAUUCAUCAUGUAUUCAGUAUUCAACGCUUAAAAGUACUUAAAAUAUAUAAAUGGCUUUAUUUACCCAAUUUCUCCGCAAGCAGAUUUGAGCGUGUUUUGAUUCGUUUUCCAUAGCCUACGUUUCUGGAAUCAAUUGACAAGUGAAUACAAAAGUUAUGUAUUCCCAAUUUCAAAUAAAAUUGAGUUGAUGGUUUUCAGAACAAGAAGAUAUGUUUUUACAUAUUUAUCAAAAAAUACAAUUUCAAUUUUUUUUUUUUUUUUUGGUUUUGAUUAUUACUUUUUCUAAUGACCAGGUUCAUGAAUUUGAUUAAAAUUCAGAUACUUUUAAUCUGCUUUUUACAUUAUAAUGACUUAAUUUAUGAAAAUUUCUAAAAUUUAAGAAAAUCAGUAAUUUUUCAAAAGUACUCAGUUUUUUUAUUUACUCAAUGAAGUUUAAAAUAAAAAGCUUGUAUGGAGAUUACAACAUUUUGAAAUUUUCAAUGUCGGUGUUAAAAAAUGUCAAAUUUAGAAUCGGUUUUUUACAACAUAAUGGUUGCUAAAAUUUUAGCGAAAUACCAUAUUUUUCAACAAUGAUCAAAUGUUCAUAAUUGCCGAUAUGUGAAUUAAAUGCCCCAAAAAUUUUUAUGGAUUAGAGUUUUUUAGUUUUGCUCAAAUUUUCACUAAAUACCGUAUUUCUUCGAGAAUCUCAAAAUUUAUAUGUUUACCUUAUGGAUGGCAAACAACUCGCAAUUAUGAAUGGAUUUUAGCAACUUUUGAGUUUAUUGGUUUAUUAAUUUUCUCUUUCAGCAAAAAAAACGGAGUUUGUGAAAAGUCUUUCAGAAUUUUAGAUGAAAAAACUCAUUUUUUUAAAAUCUAUUCAUAAUUUUGCGUUGUUUCACAUCCGUAAUCUAGAAAACAUAAAUUUUGAGAUUCUAAAAAUUACGGUGUGAAAAUUUGAGCAUUCCUAACCAAAACUUAAAUAAAAGCAAAAAAUCUAAUCCAAGCCAUUUAAAAUUUUAGGACAUUUAAUUUGCACAUCGGAAAUAUGAAAAUUAAAUUUGAGCACUGUUAAAUUAUAUAUUAUUUGUUUUAAUUUUAAGGAAUUUUUAUGUUUUGAAAAAAGAUUUUUAAUGCCACGUAUUUUAUUUAAAAUUUUAAAAUAUGUAUAAAUUUUCUAAUAAACCAUUUAUUUUACAUGUCAUUAAGUAGAUAAAAAAUCUGAGUGUUUUUUGAAAAUGAGAGUAAUUUGUUAAAUUUUCGAAAAUUUUAUAUUUUAAGUAUUUGGAAAAAUACAAUGUUUUAUAGUAUUUUGAGAACUUAUACUUUUGAUCCUUCAUCUUUAUAAAAAAUAGCUGAAAAAAAAGUUUUAAGAGUAGAAAAAAUGAAAAAAAAAUCAUGGACUAUUUUAAAUUUUAUUUUAUUUAUUUUAAUUGUUUGAAAUCUUUUCUUAAAACAACAAUUCCAUGUCAAACCAGCAGGAUAAUUAAAAAUUGUUCAGGAAUUUCUUGACCAAAAUAAUUACACCAUAUUUUAUUGUCAAUAUUAGGCCAAUUUAAAUUGGUCUAGGUGAAAUAGGGUGUUCCAAAAAUUGCAAUUUUUACCGUUUUCUCCAAUUUUGCCUGCCUGUUUCAAAGAAGGAUUUAAAAUUAUUUUUUCAGAAAAAAAAACUUUUUGUAUGGAAGCUCGAAACCCAAUUUUGAACGACCACGAUUUCAUCUUGCUUGUUUGACGUGGAAUCGAUUAAGAAAACCAAUGUUUAAAUAUUUUUUUUCUAAAUUUUUUCAAGCUGUUUUUUUUUAAUUUUUUACGAUUUAUUUUUUUUACAAUAAAAUACGUCCGCGAAACUAGCAGAGGGUAAAAUUACUCAAGUAAUAGCAUUAUUUUUCAAGUGAACAGCAUCCAAAUCUUGCAAAUAAGAAACAUGAAAUGUAAGAUAGCUACUCUUUUUUAAACUUCAAUAAAACGAAACUCUUUUUACAAACAACUGAAGAUUUAAAGGAAACGCCACAGAAUUAUUCCUGGAAAGUAUUUUUCUAAAAAAAUAAAUAAAAUAAACAAAGUGAAGUAAAGAAAUCAAAAGUACUUAAAGUGCAAGAAACGAAACAAUAUCGGAAUGAGCUUAUUAAAGAUGGACACUAAUGUGAACGCGCUUCAAAGCAGAAACGUAAAUAAAAAGAAAGAAUGAUUUAAAAACAUAGCAGGCUAGGGGUUUGUAUAUAUUUGUAUAGGCGCUACUUUGACAGCUCAGUGGUGAGAUGUAAGCAAUGGAAUGAUCAAUUAAACAAAAACACACAGAAACACAACAUUUUAUAUUUACAUAAAAAACAUUGAAAAAGCAACAUGAAAAUAGCAACAGCAAACGCAAGUAGAACUUUUGAUAAACAUUCUCAUUAGCACCGUGAUUUAACUAGUAUACUUAGUAGUAGUAGGGCAAGCGUGUAUGAUAAAGAGAAGGGAUUUUGUUUUGUUUUGUUUCACUCACAAUCACCAUACAUUUACACCUGAUAAAUAGAGAAAUAAACAAAAAAAAACACCAACACACAAAGAAGAACAAUCCAAAUCACACAGCAAGCAAACGAUUUGCUGCAAGGGCUCAAUAGUUGGAAAAACUUGUACAUUAAUGAAAGUGAGUGAUUAUGAUGAUGACUAUUAUUAUUAUAUUAUUAUUAUUAUGUAUUAUUGCUUUUUUGUUACUACUUCUCACGAGACAUUUAGUCACAGAUCAAAGGAACAAUCGUUAUCGGAAUAAAAUAGUGAAGAAAGAAAGAAAGAGAAAAAGAAUAUAUUCAAUCUUAAAAAUUUA